AUGGGGCCGUUGGUGCUGCUCAGCCUCCUGUGCGCCGCCGCCCUGGCAGGUGUCAGUGCAGUUCCAGUGGAAAAAGACCAUGUUGAGGAAAUGGUAACACAGUGCAUAGUGGAGGUUCUCUCUAAUGCUCUCUCCAAGCCAAAUGCCCCUCCAAUUAAUCCUGAGUGCAAAGACAUCCUGAGGGAAGGUGGUAGAAAUGACAAAGAGAGAAGUGAAAACAAACAACUCGAAGUGAGGCAUUUGAAAGACCCAGCAGAGACUGAAAAGCACCAAACUGGGAGUGUGGAGAAAGAGGAGAGUCAGAUAGAAGAGGAGUCUAAAAUGUACAUGAAAGGAAGUGAUGAAGAGAAACUUGAUCACGACGAAGGUAAAAGCCAGGAAGAGGAGGAUGGACACUACGCACCUAUGCAUACAGAAGAAAAGAAACACUAUCAGGGAAUCAGAAAAGAGCAGGAGAACAGCUACCUCAGUGAAGAAGACAGCAAAGAGAGCAAGAGCCAUGAUGAAGAGGCAGAGCAUGCUGUUCUCAACAGGAAGCUCCACUCUGGAGGCACAAGCACAGAAGAGCUGCCUAAUGGGAAUGAUCAGCACCCCAUGGGCCACUGGCAGUCGGAGGAGGGAAUGAAGAGCCCUUACAAAAGAAUUCAUGAAGGUGAAGAGGGAGAAGCAGAGGAAGAAAAGAGUGAAAAAUACUACCAUGAGUCUAAGGUACGUGGUUUCUCCCACCAGCAAGAGCAUGAGGAAUCUGAUGAAAGUGAAGAAACAGAGGAGGAAAAGCAACCCUCCAAACCCAGACAUUAUCAAGGGAAGCUCAGAAUGGGUGACACCUCUGAUGAAAAGAAGGGCCAUGGUGAUGGGAAGGAGGAACAACAUGAGGAAUCAAACCUAGAGGCAGCGCUUCUCUGGGACAAAAGGAACCACCAUCAAAAACACCAUGAAGAGUCUGAGCAGCAGCGUGAGGAGAAGAGUGGUAACCAGGGGAGGCAUGGGUCUGAAGAGGGGGAGAAGAGCAAUGCAGAGCGGGGGACUGAGGAAUACAGAGAAGGGUGGCAGCAGAGUGAAGAGACCAGUGAAGAAGAGAACAAGAAGCAUCACCACAGUGAAGAAAGUAAUGAGAAAGGGCACGAGGAGAGGAGACACCGUGAUGAAUUACAUGAGGCAAGGAGGCACCAUCCUGAGGAAAGGACAUACCUUGGAGAUGAAAGCGAGGAAGAGCUGGACAGGUACCUCAGCGGUGGCAGCAAGGAGAGGCAGCAUCGUGCUGGAGGGAGAUACAGCUUGUGGGACAAUGAAGAUGAAGGGGCACAGAAAGCACACGCUCGAGAGCGCAAAGGGCAGGCCCGAAAACACUACAGCCCUGAGGACAGUGUAGGGCAGCAGCGCUACCCUGGCAACAGUGAGGAGGAGGAGGAAGUGGAAAAGAAGCAUCAGAGCAGUGAUGAGAUGGAAAAUGAAGAGGAGAACAUGGAGGAGGGAAGAUACACAGAGAUGGAAGAGUACAGAAGCCGUCUCCCUGCAGAGAAUAAGAGAACCGCAGCAUCCUACAGAUCUUUCUACCCACUGCUGUGGUGGAAGAGUCAGCGUUUUGAGAAGAGGGAUAGCACAGGAGAGCAGCUUCUGGAGGGCAAAGAGGAAGGUAGGCCCAUCCUGGAUGAGAAGAGCCUGUUCCCUGAAUAUAAUGACUACGACUGGUGGGAGAAAAAGCAAAUCCUGAGUGCUCUGAACCACGGGCGCAACGAGAAGAGGAAUUUUGGCAAGAUGAACAGAUACGACGUGAAAAGGCAGUACAAGAAGAUGGAUCCACUUGCACAGCUCCUGAGUUACAGGAAGAAAUCAGCUGAAUUCCCAGAGUUGUACAGUUCUGGGGAAGACAUGAAAAAACGUCACAUCAGGAAUGACAGGAGGAGUCUGAGCCAGAGGCCUCUGACGGAAGAGGAGGAAAAAGAACUGGAGAACCUGGCUGCCAUGGAUCUGGAGCUGCAGAAAAUAGCUGAGAAGUUUAAUGACAACAGGAGAGGCUGAAGACGAGCUGCUUGGCGCUUCAAAGCUCAAUGUAGCUGCACUCACAAUACCUGUAUUUUGUGGUAAAUUCACUGCCACUGGAUUGUUGUUUGCCCUAAAGACAGGAAAUACUAUUUAACUGUCCACUAUAGUGUAGUGAUUUAUACAGCUGAAAAUGUCUUUGAUUUGCUCUUAUGCUAUUGAGAUUUGAAUAGCAUGGAUUUUAGUAUUCUACCCUUUCAUGCAAGGCAGAUAUUUUUAAUAUGCUUGUGAAAAUAAUUGUGUUGGUGUUCUUCAGAGAUAUAUUUGUCUGAGUUUGAAAUAAUAAAAACCAUUGAUCUUGGACCAAACUU